CUUUCUCUCUCAAAUGAAAUGAGAAAGAACCUUUUUGCUUUCUGCGAUUAUAGUAUAAUCAUCCAUUAUGAUAGGAUGCCCAAAGCGAAUUCUAUUUUUCUGUUUUUGAUUCCCGAAGGCAACAUAACUCUCCUUCUGUUUCAGUCAUGCUUCUUUCAUGUUUAGCAACGGUUUUUUGUUUACGGAUUUGCGGUUUUAAAUCCCUUUUUCGCCGUUUCUAUCUUCUAUAAAACUUUCUGGUGAGGAAUUAUAUUGCUGAGGGUCCUCCUUUUACAGUGGCUUGCUCCGGAAACUGACUAAAUAUUGUUAUUUGGAGGAAACAAUACCUUAGGUUCUUCCUGAAAUGCCUGCGCAGUGUACCCCAAUUAUUCUGCUGGGGACAUUACAAUAUCUUUUGCUUUGACAAUCUUGCAUGGACUCAAAAGUGAUUUAUUGAGAGGUGACUCAAGAAAACGUGAGUGCAUACAAUCUUCAGAAGACUUCUCAACCAAGGUUGGAGGCGCAAUGCUGAAUUCUAAAGAAAUGAUGGCAUUUAAAUCAUAUCAAAAUCAGGCUGAAUUUUUUGUGAAGGAAUAUUUACUAGCUGACCCUCUGAUUCCAUAUACUUCAAUUGUUGGUGGCAUUUUCUCUUGCAAGAUGGUCUAUGAUCUUACACAGCUGAUCAGUACAGUCUACUUUAAGAGCUAUUCUGGCCUCUCAAAAAUCCAACGUAUUGAGUGGAAUAACCGUGCUAUAUCAACUGUUCAUGCCAUUUUUAUUACAACCAUGUCUUUGUACUUUGUGUUUUGCUCAAAUCUAUAUUCUGAAAACCGAUCUGCUGAUCUUACUGUUCGAACCUCUCCAUUGUCUACAUUUGGGCUGGGGAUUUCUGUUGGAUACUUCAUUGUUGACCUCGGGAUGAUAUUUUGGUUUUAUCCUUCUCUUGGUGGAUAUGAGUAUGUGAUUCAUCAUCUCCUUUCCUUGGUAGCAGUAGCAUAUGCAAUGUUGAGUGGAGAGGGACAGCUUUACACUUACAUGGUCCUUGUGUCUGAGACAACAACUCCAGGGAUAAAUUUAAGAUGGUAUCUUGAUGCAGCGGGAAUGAAGAGAUCCAGAGCUUAUCUUGUAAAUGGGGUUGUAAUAUUCUUCGCAUGGCUGGUUGCCAGAAUACUUUUGUUCAUUUACAUGUUCUACCAUGUGUACUUGCACUUUGGUCAGGUUAGGAGAAUGCACGCCAUUGGGCAAUUACUAGUACUAAUUGUGCCGGUAGUGCUCGCGAUCAUGAACUUGGCUUGGUUUUCGAAGAUCAUCAAAGGAUUAAGAAAGACAUUGGCGAAGAGGCAGUAAAAUUCAGAAGAUUAUUGGUGAAAUUUUUUGAAAGCCAAGUAUAGUUUACCUCUGUUGAUAACCCAGCUUACCUCUGCCUCUGUGCAUCAUCUUCUCCCUGUUUAAAUGACACGUGCACUGAAAGAUGGAGCACAAACCACAUAUGGUGUUUGGAUCCCCUGUGAAUCUAAGCCAUUGUAUAAAUGUCAGUUCUACCUUUUUUAAUGUUAAUUUUAAAUAUAGCUUUAGCAGAGCAUGCAUUGAGUGCCAUAAUGAAUAUCCAAGUUCAAAUUUUUUGGACUGUUGGAAGUUAUUAAUUUCGACCCGGAAGAUAAUGACUGGGAUUUAGUUUGUUGAUUCA